AUGAGGUUAGACGAAGUAAAGUCUAAGAAAAUCAUUCGUUCAUUCACCUUGCACUAUGAUUCUCCGUCCUCUUCUCCUAUUAUUAGUGGUAAGCUCGAGUUAUCAGCUAUCAGUGAUAGAUUCGAGACUGGACUCACAGAAGAGGCUAUUCGACAAGCUAUUCAAGAUGCAGACAAUGGGAUGGAGGGACAGUUCCAUCUUAGAAGUAGAAGUGAUGAUCCUGUCGGUGUUUACGGAUCCUUGAUGUAUCCUAAAAGUAUAGCAGUUGAAGUCUCUAAAGCAUCUAAAGUAUUAUUGAAGGCUACUAGCUUAUUGAUUGACCGAUUUGGUUAUGAAGUUUUGAAUGCUCUAGAAGAGUUCGAUGCUCUCCGAUUUAUUAAGUUUCCGGAAAACAAUUGUUUAGAGAAUGAUAAGAGGUGUGACAAAAGUUCUAUUUACAGAAGCUUUUCGGGAUUUUGCAAUAAUUUGAAGAACCCUGAGCAGGGAAUGGCGUUCCAACCAUUGCUGCACGUGCUACCAGCUGAGUUCCAGAAAUUUGACUCUCCCCGGUUUCUCUCUGUGAGUGGGAGACCUUUGCCCAGUCCUCGGUCCAUUUCUAAUCGCAUACAUUAUGAUGUCAGUAAACCAAAUGACGAAUUUUCUCUGAUUCUAAUGCAAUUCGGCCAAUUCUUGGACCAUGAGAUAACUCAUUCGCCAGUCCAGCCAUCUCCUUCAGGUGGCAAUCUGAACUGUUCACUGUGUGAUUCAAAGGAAUCAGUUUCCUCUUAUUGCAAUCCUAUUCAUAUACCGGAAGAUGAUCCAUUUUUUGCUAACGCCUAUGGGAAGUGUCUGCCGUUUGUGCGCAGCUUACCUGGGCAGAGAACGUUUGGACCGCGCAACCAAAUGAACCAAAUUUCGUCGUACAUUGACGGUUCCGUUAUAUAUGGCUCGACCAAAUGUGAAGCAGAUGGACUUCGAUCUUUCCAAAAUGGAGAACUCAGCCGAACUGCGGCAGGUUCUCAUUUGGGAGUUCUCCUGCCAGAAGCGCAGGAUCAGAAGCAGUGUCGUUCUGCUCCCAGUUUUCCUUGUUUUUCUGCUGGAGAUGAUAGAAAUAGUCAACAACCUUUCCUCCAGUCUCUUCAUGUGAUCUUCUUACGUUUUCAUAACAAACUCGCUGCGGGACUGCGAAAGAGAAACCAUCAUUGGAAUGAUGAAACAAUUUUUCAAGAGAGUCGGAAAAUAGUUAGUGCUGUGCUUCAGAACAUCGUAUACCAGGAAUUUCUGCCAAAAAUCAUUGGGAAUAUGAAUAUGAUGAAAUACGAUUUGUUAUCCCAACACAAUGACUUUUAUUAUGGCUAUGACGAGAAAUGUGACGCCUCCAUCUCUCAAUCCUUUGCCACUGCAGCCUUCAGGUUUGGCCAUUCUUUGGUUAAAAGAUUUAUUCCGAGGUUGGAUAUCGACUAUCAGAAUUUCACAAGUCCAUUAGAUUUGGCAGAUAAUUUUAAUACCAUGGAAAAAGUUUAUGAUGAAAGAAACGGAAGCGUAGACUCAAUCUUAGCUGGGUUAUUGGCUAAUCCGGCCAUGGCUUUCGAUCGACAUGUUUCAAGCGCUGUUAGAAAUAUGUUAUUCGCUCAAAAGGGCAGAGAGAAAAGUGGAUUCGAUCUCAUUUCUAUCAAUAUUCAACGAGCUAGAGACCACAACGUCCCAAGUUAUAAUGAGCAUAGAAAGUUCUGUGGUCUUCCGCAAGCCCAUUCAUUUGAGGCUUUAUAUUCUGAUAUGGAAAUAGAUGCUGUUGAAGCAUUGAAAUCGGUAUAUGAUGAUGUGAACGACAUCGACCUCUUCUCCGGAUUAACUUCAGAGAAGCCACUUUCGGGAGCUAUGGUUGGUCCUACAACUGCAUGUUUACUUGCCGAUCAGUUCCAUCGAUUGAAAAGCUGUGAUCGUUUUUAUUUCGAAAACCUCUCAGCAGGUUUCAGCCAAGCCCAAUUGAGCGAGAUAAGAAGAUAUCGAUUAUCAAAUGUCAUCUGCGCUACUACAAGAUUCUCUCACAUACAGCCAGAUGUCUUCGCUUUACCUACUAAUACUUUCAAUAACUUCGUCAGUUGUCAGUCUUUGAAUCUUCUUAACUUGGAUCUAUGGAAGGAAACUAGUGAUUAUUAA